AUGGAGCCUAAGCGGUUAGCCUUGUAUUACAAGAGCGCUAACUCGCCUUACCCAAUGCUUUAUUGGACGUCUGUGGAGUGGUUCACUGUUGAUGUCGGUAGUGUGACCAAUGGUAGUUUGAUCAAUUUAACUCUGACGUCGGUCCCAGAUACCGAUGAGGGUUUUCUGUAUUACUUGACUUUUGAUUAUUACAUCACAAACCCACUUUCCGGUUGGAAUCGCAACAUGGCGUUUUCACGAUACAACAACACCUUAUCGUAUCUCCGACUAGGGAUAGAUGGAAACCUUAAAUUCUACACGUAUAAUCCGAACGUGCAAGGUGUGUCCUGGGAACUGGUCUACACGUUUCUCGACCGGAACUCCAUAGAAAGUGAGUGCCAAUUGCCGGAACGAUGUGAAAAGUUUGGGCUAUGUGAGGAUAACCAGUGUGUUGCAUGCCCAACACCAUUUGGACUAAGUGGGUGGAGCAAAGAUUGUGAGGCAAACAAGGUGACAUCUUGUCAAGCAGGUGACUUUGGCUACUUCAAGCUUGAUGGGGUUGACCAUUUUAUGACCAAGUACACAACGGGAGAUUGGGUAUCCAAUCAAUGGGACUGCGAGAGCAAAUGCACCAAGGACUGCAAUUGCAUGGGGUAUUUCUACCACACCGCUGAUUCCAGGUGCUGGAUUGCAUAUGAUUUGAAGACAUUAACAAGGGUUGGAAACUCGACUCAUUUGGCGUAUAUCAAAGCACCUUACAAGUUAUCCCUAAAUGGAAUUCGUCUUUGA